AUGAGUGAUUUUGAAAAGGUUGUUAUUAUUGAUGCAAAAGGACAUUUAUUGGGACGCUUAGCAUCAAUUGUGGCCAAACAAAUUUUAACAGGUCAAAAAAUUGUUAUUGUCCGUGCAGAAGAUUUGAAUGUAUCUGGAUCAUUUUUCAGGAACAAGAUCAAGUAUCAUUCCUAUCUUCGUAAGCGAUCAAUUGUAAAUCCAGCACGUGGACCAUUUCAUUUUCGAGCACCAUCCAAAAUAUUUUAUAAGACAAUACGUGGUAUGAUUCCACAUAAAUCAUCACGUGGAGCUGCAGCAUUAAAACGUCUUAAGAUCUUUGAGGGUAUACCACCACCAUAUGAUAAACAAAAAAGAAUGGUAAUGCCUGAUGCUUUGAAAGUUUUGAAGUUGAAACCAGGUCGUAAAUUUACAACGAUCUCACGUUUAUCAACAGAAGUUGGAUGGAAAUAUAAAGAUGUUGUUAAGAAAUUAGAGGAUAGACGUAAAGUCAAGAGUAAAGAAUUUUAUGAACGUAAAAAGAAAGAAGCUCAAAUCAAGGCUAAUGCUUUAAAGAACAAAGAAAAAGAGUUAAAGAAAGUUCAACAACAACUCCAUGCAUUUGCAUGA